AGGGGAGUGUUGGAGGCGCCAGAGCCGAGCUGGGCCGGCUAGGCGGGCUGGGAGGAGGAGCCGGGCGGGCUGGCGGGCGGCCGGGUGGCGGCGGCAUGGCGGAGCCGAGCGCGGCCGAGACGAGGCCCCCCAUUCGGGUCACCGUCAAGACCCCCAAAGACAAGGAGGAGAUUGUGAUCUGUGACAGAGCCUCGGUCAAGGAGUUCAAAGAGGAAAUCUCCCGGAAGUUUAAGGCUCAGCAGGAUCAACUAGUCCUGAUCUUCGCAGGCAAGAUCCUCAAGGAUGGGGACACACUGAAUCAGCAUGGAAUCAAGGAUGGGCUCACUGUCCAUCUGGUUAUCAAGACCCCUCAGAAGGCUCAAGAUCCAGCUAUCGCCACUGCUUCUUCCCCCUCCACUCCUGACCCUGCCUCAGCACCCUGCACCACACCUGCUUCACCCACCACCCCUGCCCAGCCUUCCACCUCUGGCAGUGCUACUUCAGAUGCUGGCAGUGGAAGCCGGAGGAGCAGUGGAGGAGGUCCCUCCCCUCCAGCUGCUGGGGAGGGACCUCCCAGUGCUACUGCAUCCAUACUCUCUGGCUUUGGGGGCAUCCUGGGGCUGGGCAGCCUGGGCCUGGGCUCUGCCAACUUCAUGGAGCUGCAGCAGCAAAUGCAGAGGCAGCUGAUGUCCAACCCUGAGAUGCUGUCACAGAUCAUGGAGAAUCCCCUGGUCCAGGAUAUGAUGUCUAACCCUGACCUGAUGCGUCACAUGAUCAUGGCUAACCCCCAGAUGCAGCAGCUGAUGGAGCGGAACCCUGAGAUCAGCCACAUGCUCAACAACCCUGAGCUCAUGAGGCAGACAAUGGAGCUUGCUCGGAAUCCAGCCAUGAUGCAAGAGAUGAUGCGGAACCAGGACCGAGCCCUGAGCAACCUCGAGAGCAUCCCUGGAGGGUAUAAUGCCCUCCGCCGAAUGUACACAGACAUCCAGGAGCCCAUGUUCAGUGCUGCCCGGGAACAGUUUGGCAACAAUCCAUUCUCUUCCCUGGCCGGGAACUCCGACAGCUCGUCCUCCCAGCCUCUGCGGACUGAGAAUCGAGAGCCCCUCCCUAACCCCUGGAGCCCCUCGCCCCCCACCUCCCAGGCCCCCGGGUCCGGUGGGGAGGGCACCGGAGGAUCGGGGACCAGCCAGGUGCACCCGACAGUCUCGAACCCCUUUGGGAUCAAUGCGGCUAGCCUGGGGUCAGGGGUGUUCAACAGCCCUGAAAUGCAGGCCCUUCUGCAACAGAUCUCGGAGAACCCCCAGCUAAUGCAGAACGUGAUCUCGGCACCCUAUAUGCGCAGCAUGAUGCAGACACUUGCUCAGAACCCUGAUUUUGCUGCUCAGAUGAUGGUGAACGUGCCGCUCUUUGCGGGGAACCCCCAGCUGCAGGAGCAGCUCCGCCUGCAGCUGCCUGUCUUCCUACAGCAGAUGCAGAACCCAGAGUCACUGUCUGUCCUGACCAACCCCCGGGCCAUGCAGGCACUGCUGCAGAUCCAGCAGGGACUGCAGACUUUGCAGACUGAAGCCCCUGGGCUGGUUCCCAGCCUUGGCUCCUUUGGGAUGUCCCGGACUCCAGCACCUUCAGCAGGCAGCAAUGCUGGGGCUAUUCCUGAGGCUGCCACCUCCUCGCCAGCCACACCAGCCACAUCCUCCCUAGCGGGGGCUCCCAGCGCCCAGCAGCAGCUUAUGCAGCAAAUGAUCCAGCUUCUGGCUGGAAGUGGAAACUCCCAGGUGCAGACGCCAGAAGUGAGAUUUCAGCAGCAGCUGGAGCAGCUCAAUUCCAUGGGCUUCAUCAAUCGUGAAGCCAACCUACAGGCCCUAAUUGCCACGGGAGGGGACAUCAACGCAGCCAUAGAGAGACUCCUGGGCUCCCAGCUCUCCUGAUCCUCAAUCUGUGCCUCCUACCUCUCCCUCCCUGCUCCUUUGCAGCUUGAGGUCCCUUCUGCCUUCUUCCUUAUCCUCUCCAAACAGCAAGUGACUUGAGAGGAGCUGCUACAUCAAUAACAGGGUGUUCCGUCCUCAAGCAGAGCUACUUAAGAAGUUUUCAAGGUUUAGUUGAUUGGCCCCACCUCCUUGCCCCACACAACCAUUUGCAGUCUUCAGAUUCCUCAGUGGCAGUGCAGAGUUGAAGUGCAGAUGUGACCAAUACCCUAUCCAGGUCACUGGAGUGGUCCUUCACCUGUGCCAUGCGGGUUUACCUUGUCUGGUUUAGUUCUGGUAACUCUCUUCCUUCUUCUCCCUCUCCCUAGCUUCACCCCGACCAAUGCUAGAAUUUUACACUUAGAAGGAGAGGCAGGCAAAGAGGCUGUGGCCUUCCUCUUCAGCCUGUCUGGUCCCUUCAUCCUGCACUUUUUCACAGACUCCGUUGGGACUUCCAGGGUAGAAGGAAGAUGCCUGUUCUCUCUGUUGGAUGGAGCAGAAAAGACACAGCCCUCUAGUCGGGAAUUAACAAGUCCUAGGCAAGCCAGAUGGAGACUGGUGUGGAAGAGAGAAUGAGAUUUUAGGGGGAAGGAAAUGGGGACAAUGGCAUGAGUUAAAGGCUUGUGAUUUUGAGUUGACAGCUGGGGAGUAGAAGCUCUGAUAGCUCUUUGAGGUAGGAGAGGCCUAGCAGAGCAGACUGGGGGUCUAAAGGAAUUUGAAUUGAAGAAAGGCUCAGUGACAGUAAGCAGUAUGAACCCCAAGGCUCGUUGACCCCAUUUCCUCAAACACACAUGCUUAUGUGCACACACACAUUUCCAUGGACCCAGGAUCAGCUUGUGUCCCCAGGUACCAGUAAUUUGAGCCCCCUCAGAAGACAGGAAGGGGGAUGAGGUCUGUCUGAGCAGUGAGUUGGGCAGGGAGUGGGUUCUUCGUUGGUUUCUUUUGGGAACUCUCUCCCCCAGAGACAGUCAUGUAAAGUGAAGAAUAGGUAGACACACCUGCAGGAGAGCUAGCGCCCUUGGGCUUCUGGAUGCUGUACCCACAGGUAGUGUGGGUCCCCUUUUUGAAGCUGUCGGAUGUGACCAAUACCCUAUUACACUUCACUGGGGGGAAUAGUAUAGAGGUUUUCCCUCCAGAGACCCUGGUUGUUGGCAUUCUAGCCCCUGCCCUUUUAGUUCUUCACUAUUUCCCUCCAGGCUAGAAAGUUCUAUUUGAGAAAGAAGAGGGUGGCGAUGAAGCCUUUGAUCUGGAACUGGACACUCCUUUUUGAUCUUCUCUGGAGCACAGAGGAGGCUCAAACCAUCUCUUCCCUCUACUACUCGGUCGAGCUGCUUGGAGGACCCCAUGGCUGAGAAUGUGGAGGCAGAAGGAACAGAUUCUGCUCCACAUGGGAGGGUCCCAAACAGUCCAGAUGACGUCUGAGUGGCUUUCCCUCCCUCCCUUCCCCAAUUCCCACACUGGCCUUUGUAAAUAAAUGGUAUGGUCUUUAUUGUGA